UCCAUCACAGCAUUGGUUUCCAAGAUUCGUUCAUGCCAACCAACAUGCCCGCCGCAGUCCCCGCUUCCCCGCACCUGCUCGUUUAUCCCUUUGGCGGCUCCGGCCACAUCAUCCCUCUCCUCGACCUCACCGACCGCCUCCUCUGCCGCGGCGUCCGAGUGACUGCCCUCGUCACCCCUUUCAACUACCACCUCCUCCUCCCACUCCUCUCCGACCAUCCCUCGCUCUUCCAACCCCUGGUCAUCCCGGCCCCUGACACUCCCUCUCUCUCCGAAAACGGCCUCAUUGUCAAGAUCCUCUCCAUGCGCUACCACCACUACCCGGCGGUCCUUGAGUGGUUCAGGUCCCACCCCUCACCGCCGGUCGCCAUUUUGUCCGACUUCUUUCUCGGGUGGACCCGACACCUGGCCUCAGAGCUCGGCGUUCCCCACGUCGUGUUUUCGCCCUCCGCCGCCUUCUCGGUGUCCAUCGAGUUCUCGCUCUGGCAGAACCUACCCGAGAACGGCAGCGACGAUGAGAACUCGCUGGUGACAUUCGGCGACGUGCCGAACUCGCCCACGUACCCGUGGUGGCAGAUUUCACACCUAUUCAGGAAGUACAGGGAAGGAGACGCCGACAUGGAGUUUCUUAGGGAGUGCUGGCUGGCAAACGCGGGGAGCUGGGGCGUUGUCUUCAACACGUUCAUGGAGUUGGAGAGAGUCUAUGUCGACCACAUGAAGGGGAAGUUCGGGCCAGGCCGGGUGUGGGCCGUGGGCCCGCUCCUGCCUCCUAUGGAUGACGCGGUGAGCCUGACUAGCCGGGGCGGGUCCAGCUCGGUCCCGGUCGAGGAGGUGCUGAAGUGGCUUGACGGCAGAGAGGAGCGCUCCGUGGUGUACGUAUGCUUCGGGAGCCGCACCACGCUGGCGAACGACCAGAUGGCGGCGCUGGCAACCGCGCUGGAGCUGAGCCGGGUCCACUUCCUGUGGUGCGUGAGGGAGACCGCGGACGGACGGGUGCUGGGUGGCCACGGGCUCUUGCCAGACGGGUUCGAAAGCCGCACGGCGGGGCGGGGGCUGGUGAUCAGGGGGUGGGCCCCGCAGGUGAUGAUACUGAGGCACCGCUCCGUGGGCGGGUUCCUGACCCACUGCGGCUGGAACUCGGUGCUCGAGGCGAUCAGCGCCGGGGUGGCGAUGCUGACGUGGCCGAUGGGCGCGGACCAGUACGCGGGCGCGAAGCUGCUGGUGGACGAACUGGGCGCCGCGAUCAGGGCUUGCGACGCCCCAGGCGACGCUGUGCCUGACCCCGCCGAGCUGGCCCGGGCGUUGACCCAGUCGCUUGACGAGACGAGGCCGGAGAGAAGCCGGAUCAAGAAGCUGAGCGGGGCGGCAGCAGACGCGGUCAACGGAGGAAGCUCGGACAAGGAUUUGGAUGGAUUCGUGAAGAGUCUAAUGGAGCUUCAACGUGGAAGAAGUGACGCCGGGAUUGAUGGAUAGUGUUGAUGGCUUGUCCAAUUUGCUGCUACCCUUAUAGU